UCAGUUUCUUUAUUUGUAAGAUGAGCUGGAGAAGGAAAUGGCAAAUCACUCCAGUAUCUUUGCCAAGAAAACCCUAAAUGGACAAAGAAUCCAAUAUGACUGAAAUGACUGAGCAACAAAUAUAUAUAGGCAGAAUAAAAUGCAGAUAAUUGACAGAGUAAGCACUUAAUAUUUCUGGAAUUAAACAAGUCCCCCCCAAGAAUUAUAAAGUAUGCAUAUCACACACACACACACACACACACACAUUCAAUAAGAACUCUGCAGUAUGUUUGGCUCAUCUACAAUUAAUGUGUUGCCUCUAGCAUAUAGUAAUAUCUGGCAUGUAUUAUAUAUACUACUCUAAGUCUGCAAAGCACUUUAUAUUUAAUUAACUCAUUUCACCCUCCCAGCUACCCUGUAAAGUAAGUGAACAUAUAGUAAGCAUUUCAUUCAACAUUUUAAUUCUAUCCUUAGAAUUUCUAAACUCUUUGAGGAAGAUAAUGUGGAUAUCUCCUCUCUCUGUAAAAAGCUGUCCCUGGAAAUCGGAACUGAUCAUUUUUUCUUCCCUAGAUAUAUUUCCCUAUAGCAAGGCGAGAUAGGCAAAAUGACAACCAAUCAUUCUUCUCCAAAAUAACCAUUAGAGAUAUGAAUAUUUGAAGGCUGCUAGCUAGCGUUCAGAGAGAAGUCUCUUGCAUCUGGUUCUCAUCCAUUUUUUUUCAUCUCACCAUUACCGUCUCCUUUGCACCACCUUCCCUCUACCUCCUUUACCCAUCUAAAGGUCACCGACGUAAUGACAGGAAAUUAACCACCGAAGUCCAAAGACACAGAAUCGAAUCACAGCUUUGCUAUUUACACAGGAUGGGCUUUGUCUGAAAUCUUUCACUUAAAAAAUAAAUAAACAUUUCCAGGUAGUUUGGUAAUAGGGCAGAUAUGAUUACCACCAUUUUAUCUAAGGGAAAAUAGGCUCCAGACAGGUGAAUUGUCCAAAGUCACAUAGAAAAAUGGUGUGACCAGAACCCUGGAUUUGAAAGUUGGGUUGUUUUGUUUUCCUAUGUUAGCCUUAGGGGUUAUCUUAAGGGCAAGUUCCCAGAUGUUACUGAGCAUAGCAGUACCUUCUUGGAUCAAUUUUAGAACUGUCUUGGGCUAGUGCCUGGGACCGUUGGCAUCCCCUGCCAGUGAGUUGGGAGGGCAGAGAGGAGGUCAAGUAGUUGAAAUGGGUGGGACAGAGAACAGAAGAAGUUGACUGACUUUGUAGGAGAGUCGCUGUUGGGGGUUUAGGAGGAGGGAGGAAAGAGGAAUAGCUCCCUGCUCCCUCAAAUAAAAACAAGGAGUUCUAAUUCAAUAUCUUCCAGGAGCUUUGCACUCCCAGAGUGGCUGACACUCUCCCCUCUCCAUAAAUUCCUAAGUAGAGUGACCAUUUCCCCAGUAACUCCAGGAGCUGGACUAGAAGGAUUGCCUCUCCCCCAGGGAAGAACAGCGCUGAGGCAUCUAGCGUGGUUCUAAGGCAAUAUCACCAGGGCUUAAUGCAGGCCAUUGGGGGUGGGGGUGGGGGACCCUGGAAAACCACAGGGUCAGCCUCUCCUUCUUAAGUGUUAUUGAUCCAUUAAAUAUAACCACAACCAAAGAAUCAAGGCCACUAAGCCUCUCCAUCCCUAAAAGAGCCUGAGCCCUGUAUGCUCUACUCCUGAGCUCAAAGGGGCAGGGAAGGGGGAGGAGGAAGAAGAGAGGGAAGGUGGUGGGAGCCUCCACCAUCCCAACCCCAGUUUCCAAGGCUGGAUCAGGAUCAGAUGUCAGCUGGGGUCUGAAUAAUUCAUAGCUGAGCCAGGGAGAGACUGAAGUCUUAGGGCUCCUUGGGUCCUGUUCUCUGUCUCCUUAGAAGAGGAUAGGAUGAUGGGGAGCCCUUCUGAGCUCUGAAAAAGAAAGAAGCACCCUCACAACAAUCCAUUACUGUGGUAGGUUCCUCAGCCCAUGCCCCACUAUAAAAUCCUUUGAGAAAUAUUCUUGUCUUCUUCCUGCCCUUCCUGCCACCCUCCCCCCUUCCUCUCACCCAAGCAUUAGGAGACUGGGGAGCCCAAGGUCUGUGCCUGGAACUGUCUAUGCAAUAGAAGGAAUACUACAUCCAUCCUUUCAAGGUCUGUGAAUUCUCUCCUGUGAUCCUUUCCCUUCUGUACCCAUGUAGACCCCAGCCCCUCUACAAUGUGUAGGUGGUUUCUUGAUUUGUCAUAUUUGAAAAAAAUCUAAACCAACCAAUAAACCAUCCCUUUCUGUAGCACUUGACAGUUUAUAUAAAACCUACACAUAACAGAUAAAGUAUACAUUGUGGUAGAGUGAGUGAACAGAGAGCUCUGGGUUGGGAGUCAGGAGACCCAGGUUUGAAACUCAGUUCUGACACAGAUGCAUUAGGUCACCUUGGACAGAUCAUUUCUUUCUCCAUUAUUAAACUGGCAGCCUCAGUGAUUUCUCAGGUGUUUUCUAAUCCUGGCACUCUAGGAUUCAAGUUCUAUGAACUCCCCUGGGGGAAUCUUCUGGGACUCAGCCAAACCUGUGCUGAGCAGCUUAACUUCAAUAUAUUCAGAUACCUCUGGCUCCUCUGGCCUAGAUUCAGAAGAGUCCCUUAAAAUUAAUUUCCCAAUUUUCACAUCUGUAAAAUGAGAGGGUUGGACUAGAUGGUCCCUUUCAAUGUUUUAUGUAAUAAGGCCCUUCCCAGAUCUGACAUUCAAUGAGCCCACUUAUGUCACUGGAUACUCAUCAUUCCUAAGAGGAGAGGGUAAGCAUUAUUGCACCCAUUUUACAGAUUAAAAAGAAAAAAAUCCAGUAAGAAUUAGGAAAUGAUUUGCCCAAGAUAACAUGGCUAGCUAGUGGCAGAGCCCUGACUCGAUGGUUCACCUCCUAUCCUCCCCCAAACCACUAGACAUACAGGCUAGGACUUUUAACUCCAUGAAAUGGAGACUUGUUAUUUAUUAGUAUUAGUUUGUUAUUGGUAUAAAGACAGUUCCUGAUUGCUGUGAGAAAACUCCCAGGUUCAGUGGGGUCACCAAGAUAAUAAGCUCAGACCAUGCUGAUUAAAGAAAUUUAUAACAAUGAGUGAAAGCCAAGUCAUUGACUGCCCUCCCAUACUUCCUGAGCCCUUCUGGUCUGCCAAGCCUUGUGCCAAUGGGAGAACAAGAAGGCAAAGCAGAGAAACUGGAGAACAUACCAUCCAAACCCCCAAGAAGCCCAGUCUGGGAGGGGGGGGGAGGAGAUACUGGCAAUAAAAAGAUAGGUAGGGACAGUGAGUGCUGUCAGAAAUCAGUGUGGGCUGGUGUGGUAGCCAAAAAAUGCUUCACGAAGGUGGGAUCUGAGCUCGGCAACCGGGAGAUAAACGGGAGAGACAAGACUCAGACUAUCAUUGGUAGAAGGGAUUGCAAAGAAUCUUCUAGUCCAAACCUUUCAUCUCUUAGAUGUGACUUGCCUGAGGUUAUAUAUAAGUUGGGGAGCAGGGACAGGGCUAAGACAAACAAGUGAGAUUAAAAGGAAUGACAGAACCCUCCCUCAUCCCCAUCCCCAAAUAGAACCUUGGGAAAGAGGUUCAAGGCUGAUGUCAGGAGGGUAACUACAAAUUUGUCCUCCCUCUCUCCUGAACCUGCCCAACUCCAGAAGGGUCAGUUCUUGACUAAAGCAAGGAGAAGGGGAGGGGAGAGUUACACAAAUCCCUAACCCCAAACUCACCCUGGAAGAACCUUCUACCUUGGGGGCUUCCAGACUGUCUACUGUCCCCACAGCUGGAAGAGGGCAGGAAACUUUAAAGACAGAAGAAAAUGGUUGGAAGGUGGAGGGCGGAGGAGGCGAAUUUCAUUGAUGUGACGGAGUAACGGCGGCGUUGAGGGGGGAAAGUGAAGGGAAUAGAAGGGGAGAAGGAGGCGGGGAAAAUGGAGAACUCAGAGAGUCCAGAGUCUGGGCCGCUUCCCCUCCUCCCCCGCCCGCCUGGGACCUCAGGCAGAAGAAGGCGUGUCCUCGAUGCCAGGGAGGAGGGAGGAGAGGGAGAGCAGAGUGGUCCAGUAGUAAAGUCCUCCCCACACCAGGGCUGUCCCGGCGCCGUAAGGGGUAGGGAGGAAGCUGAGGCGUGCUUCACAUCUCCCUGGGGAACCGAUCUCCAGUCCGCAGCCUAACCAUCCCUCCCCACUCAUUUCCCCAAAGGGGCAACUGGGGCUUCCAGCUGCAGAGAAUCAAGCCAGCCCUGCCCUGCCCAGGACGGCAGAGCUCCUCCCUUCUUGACCCAACUCACUUUCGGAGAGGAACUGCGAGCUUUCUAAUCUCCCCCCACCCCACGCCGUCCAAGCUUCCUUCCCGGGGAGGGGCUGGAUGUGGAGGCAGAAGCUAUGGUCCCGAGCCCUCUGCAGCCCAGGGCUCCGGCUGCCUCCCGGGGCUCGGGGCUGCCAGGAGUCCUGGGUUCUUCUCCGCCGGCGCCGGCUCCUACUCCGCCUGGGUUCUCACAGCUGCUGCUCGCGCCACCACCGCUGCUCCUGCUCCUGCUGCUUCUCCUCCUGCUGAACACGCCGACAGCACCGUGCCCCUUCCAGUGCUACUGUUUUGGGAGCCAGGAGACCAUACACUGCCGCCACAUCGUCCUGCAGGAACUGCCCCGCGACCUGCCCACUGCCGCGCACAACCUCACCAUCGUGGGCUCCAAUCUGACCGUCCUGCGCGCUGCUGCCUUCGCCGGGGAAGAGCUGCCCACCGCCCCGGGUAAUGGCAGCGGCGGCGGCGGGGGCUGGGCAGUACGUCUGGCCAACCUCACAUCCUUACUGCUCAACCAAGACAACAUCCAAGUGGUGGAGAACGGCGCCUUCUGGGGCCUACCCCGCCUAGCCACCCUGGAUCUCAGCUACAACCCGUUGAGUGCCCUGGGCGCCGCUGCCUUCCAUCUGCUGCCCUCCCUUAGUGUCCUCAAGCUCAAUGCCGCCACGAGCGGGCUGGGCGAGCAGCUGGACGCCGCCCUUCGAGGCCUGGCCACCCUGCGCCGCCUUGAAUUGAAAGCCAAUGAGUUGACCCACCUACCGCCCUCUGUUCUGGAGCUGGCACAACUAGAGCAGCUGGACGCGCAAGACAACGCGCUGACUGGGCUGGCACUGGUUGAACUGCGCGCGCUGGGAGGGGAGAUCCAGGGAACCCCAACGGCCCCGACGGCUCGGGGCCCCAGAGCGCUGCGCCUGUGCCUGGCAAACAACCCGCUGCGCUGUGACUGCGGGGCGCGGGCGCUGCUGACCCUGCUCAACAAGGCCCUCUGGCGGGUUCCCGACGCGCGCAGUCUGCGCUGCGCUGCUCCUCCGGCUCUCCAAGGCUCCCCUAUCCUGGUCUUGGACGAGUCAAAGCUGAGCUGCGCCUUGGGUCCCCAAGAAAAGGAGGAGAAUGAGAAAGGGCAAGGAAGGGGGAAAGAAGAGGAGGGGGAAACGGGGAAUGAGGAGGAGGGAACAGAGGGAAGGGAUGAGAAAGGGCAGCCGGGGACUGGAGAGGAACUGGAAGCCUCCUACGUCUUUUUCGGCAUCGUCCUGGCGCUCAUCGGUGUAGUCUUCCUUAUGGUCCUCUAUCUGAACCGUCGUGGUAUCAAGCGCUGGACGCGCAAUCUGCGCGAGGCGUGCCGGGACCAGAUGGAGGGCUACCACUACCGCUAUGAACAGGACGCUGACCCCCGGAGGUCUGGCACGGCCAGCUCGUCUGGUACCCUCUGAAUGCGGCGCCCACCAUUAUUUAGACUGGGCUGUUAGGGAGGAGAGGGGAACUUGGGCCCUCUUCGCACUCAACCUUUGGCUCUUCACCCCUUCCCGAACCUUCCCAUCUUGAGCAAUUAGUCUCCACUUCCUCCCCAAUUAAUCCUUGACUAUUAACCUCUCCUGUCAAAAUUUAGGCACUUUGCUCCCCUGGUAAACCUGUUGUUUAGUCCCCGCCUAUUUCUUGACUCAACUCCUCCCCUAAACCUUAGUCUCUUGGAUCAUCUCAAGUUUUAGAAACAAUAUUCCCCCUUAUUAGCCACCCUCUAAACUCCCCUGCAAGUUUGGGGGGUGGGGGAUGGCAUCCUCCUGUACUUCCUCCCUUCCAAUGCUUUCUCCCAACCCCUCCUUCUCUAUCAUAUCCUUGUAUUCUUUCUUCUCUUCCUAGCCCUUCUCCUUUCGUUUCUGCUCUCUUUCUUUUUCCUUCUUUCUUCUUUUUACUUUCUCUAUUUACCUUAUCUUUUCAACCACCCACACACACUUUCUCUCUUGUCCUUCGGUUUGGGGCUAGGGAGAAGUCAUUAGGAUGCUGACUGGAAGAGAGGAGAAAUCUUAUCCUAAGUCUUUGCAGAAUAAGAGGACUUUGAACGUAUUCCCUGAUCAGACAGCUGGACUGCUCUCAGGGCCCAUUGCUGCUUAAACUGGUGCCUCCACCCCAUCCCAUCUCGACUCCUCUCCCUUAUCCACCCAAUUCUCCUCCCUUCUCCCCUUUUUCAUCAAAUGAGGUAUUUGUAAAGCACUUAGCACAGUGCCUAGCAUAUAGUAGGUGCUAUGUAAAUGCUUAUUCCCUUUCCCCUCCCUUCUAUUCCUCCUCUACAGAUUCCCAAUAUAUUUCCUUCCAGCCUUUCUCUCCCUCCUCCCUCCCUUACUUCCCAUUUUCUUCUCACUUGAAAUCUCUUUCCUCCCUUCCAUGGAAAAUAGAAUGUUAGAAAGAACCUUUGAAGUCAUCUAAGCCAAAUCUUUCUUAACCUCUUUUCCCCCCUUCUCUUUGUUUCUCUCUCUUUUCCCUUCUUUCUACCUUUGUCUUCCAAUCCACCUCCUCCUUGACCCUCCUUUCCUCACUUAGCACUACUAAACAAACUUGGAUCAGUCUGCUCCUCCUUCCUCCAAGGAUUCUUAACUCCUCAGCCUUCUCCCUCCUCCAGGGGACCCUAGUCAAUCUGACAAGUCUCCCCUCUUUUCUCAGGCACAAACUCCCCUGCUUCCUUCUCACUGGCUCCAAUGAACCUGUCUAAAAACUCAAGAGUCUAUCUGUUAGUCACUUGCAUGAUCUCAAAGCACACCCGUUGUGGGGAGGGGUACUGCCUAAUCCUGGAAUCCCCUCUCCCUGGGAUUUACCCCUUCCAUAGGUCAGGCUGUGGCAACAGAUUAUGUCCAUUCUGUAGAACAGGGAGCUUCCCAUCCUAAGCCCUUGAGACCCAACCUCUCCUUUACCUGUUUGGUUUCUUGAGUGGUCAGUUUUCUAUAAAGCUUGCAAUAAUUUCUGGACUCUCCAGUCUCCCCCUGGAAGUGCCUGUGUCAUUCUUCAUCCGAUCUUGGAGGGACCCUGGGGUGGAGAGCUCACAGAGGAGUGGGAGUGAGCCACACACACACUCGGAAAGGGAACUCAGUAUAGAUAAGUAAAAGGGACCUUAGAGAUAUAAUUCAAUCUCUUCAUUUUUGCAAAUGGGGAAACUGAAACUGAGAAGGCAAAAUAGUUGCCCAAAGUCACAAAGUCAUUCAAUAGUGGAUAAGAAUUGAAACAUAGAAUGUCAGAACUAGAGGUUACUUUAGAGAUCAUUGAAUUCACACCCUUUAUUUUACAGAGGAGAUUGAAGCUCAGAGAGGGGAUGGAUAGAACUCAAAUAAGUGACAGAAAUAAGACUUAUGCAAUAGUACAAUGACCCCAUGUGCCCUUUUCCUAUUCUUUGCCUCAAACCCAAAGACUUAGAGUAAUAAAUUAGGGUUAUGCUACAGUGCAAAGGAUGAAAUAAGGUUAGAUGUGGAAUGCCAGAACAAAUGAAACAAGUUAUGGGAUUCCCUUGGGGCAGCUAGGUGACUCAGUGGAUAGAGUGCCAGGCCUUAGGUCAGGAAGAUCUAGUUUUGUGAGCUGAAAUUUGGUCUCAAACAUUUUCUGGCUAUGUGACCCUGGAAAUGUCAAUAGACCUUUUUGACUCAGUUUCCUCAUCUGUAAAAUGUGUUGGAUGUAGGAAAUGCCAAAUUACUCCAGUAUCUUUGCCAAGAAAACCCCAAAUGGAAUAAUGAAGAGUCAGAAUCUACCAAACAACCAAACAGCCCUUUCUCCAUUAGUUGCUGAUGUAACAGAGGAUAAGGAUCAGACUUAGAAACAAGAGGACAUGGGUUCUAAUCUAGAUCUGCCACUCAGCUCUGUGAUCUUAGUUAAGGCACUUUCCCUCAUUGAGCCUAAUUUUUCUCACCUGUAACAAUAUUCACACUUAUCACAAAAGCACUUUUUAAACUCUAAAGUCUUGGGACCUCUAAGGGAAAAGACCUCUAGGGUCCCUUCUAGUUCUAACAUUCUAUUUCCCAUGGAAGAGAGGAAAAAAUUUCAAGUGAGGAAUAAGUGAGAGGAAAAUAGAAACAUGGACCAUUAAUGUUGAAUACUGAACUGGUUGCCUCUCAUCCUCCCCAGCCUCUUUACUUUCCCAUCAAUGCAUUAGCCAGAAGGAAAAGCAAAAAGACUCCUUGCCAAGUCAUCCUGAACCCGACAAAAUCUAUGGCCUUUAAUUCCAGAAUUUGAUGAUUCUAGGAUAAAGAAUUAAGUUGAUCAGGAGAAUAUCACAGAUAUAAGUUAAAGGAAGUGGGUUGUCUAGAAGUGGACCCAUAUCAGGAAGGAAGGAAGGAAGGAAGGAAGGAAGGAAGGAAGGAAGGAAGGAAGGAAGGAAGGAAGGAAGGAAGGAAGGAAGGAAGGAAGGAAGCAAGCAAGCAAGCAAGGAAGCAAGGAAGCAAGGAAGCAAGGAAGGAAGGAAGGAAGGAAGGAAGCAAGGAAGGAAGGAAGGAAGGAAUUUUUUUUUUCAAAUUAGAAGCUUGAUUUUGAUUCCUGGGGAAAAUCUGGAAUGAAUAUUUUAUGAGCAUCCUAAAAGGGGAACAGUGAUCACUAGGACUCAGGGUAAAUUCAAUAAGACCAGGUCAUCCCAGACUAACUUCACUUAGAAAUGUCAAUGACAUAGUUUAACUACAUUUCAGCAAAGCAUUUAAUUAAGUUUCUUAUAAACAAGCUGGAAAACUUAUCAAAUGACUGGGUAGGUGUGGAACUAUUCAAAUGAUAAAAGUCAAAAUACUUGACUUGGGCCAGAAAAAAGGUUGAAUUUUUUUUCAUAUUGUAAUGAUUGGUUCCUUUUGAUUAUUAGAAGCAGUGUUUUCUCUGAUUGAUGCUGAUAUUGAAGAGUUGACUCACAGUUGCCCCCAGGUGAAAUGGGUUAUCUCUCAGGAGAUUUUGAAUUCUUUAGCACAAGAGUUCUUGAAUGACACCCAGUCAGAGAUAUUUCAGAGAAGAUUGCUACUAGGUCCAGGUUGGUUUUCAUGUCCUCUGAGAUCCUUUCUAGUUCUGAGAUAAUAUGAUUCUGUGAUGUGUUCAUAUUUGCUAUCCCAAAUAAGCUUGUAAAUAGAGACUUUUGUUUGAAGAUGAGAAUCACUCAGGUCUAAGGUAGCUUAAGUCAAAGGAUCCAGAGAUGCAGGAGAACGGAUACUAUAAUACCCAAAGAGCAAGGUUAAAUAUGAGGUUUAUAAGUCUGAAAUGAUAAAUUCCCAAAUCUCCUUGGGAGUGGAAGAGAAUGAAUAGCCUUGGUCACCUCUGCUGAUGAGAAACACACCAUCUCUCUUGGAAUCCAGUUUCAUUGUGGGAGAAUGUUGUUACAGUGUUCUAUCCCAAACUGGGCGCAAGUCUUUUCCCUUGAUCUGUCUCCUGGGACCAAGAAGAAUAAAAGCAAUCUGAUUCCUUUUUAUUCCUUUCUCCUCUAGAAUAAAUACACCGAUGCCUACCUGUGCUAGUUCUUAAACUGUACUAUAAAGUAGGAAGCAUUGAAACAAUCUGGUACUGACUAAGAGAUGCAUCAAUGGAAGAGAUUGGGUACACAGUACUCAGCAAAUAAUGACCAUAAUAAUCUAGUGUUUGAUCAAUGUAAAGAUCUUAACUUUUGGUACAAGAAUUCACUAUUUGACAAAAACUGCUGGGAAAGCAGUUUGGCAGAAAUUAGGUACAGACCAACAUCUCACAUCAUUUACCAAGAUAAGGUCAAAAUGGGUACAUGAUUUAGACCUAAAGGGUGGUACCACAAGCAAAUUAUAGGAGUAUGAACUAGUUUACCUGUCAGAUCUAUGGAUAAGUGAAGAAUUUAUGACCAAAAAAAAGAGAUAGAAAGCAUUAUGGAUGUAAAAUGGAUAAUUUUGAUUACAUGUAAUUAAAUUUUUUUUUGCAUGAAUACAACCAAUGCAACCAAGACUAGAAAUAAAGUAGAAAACCGGGGAGAGUUUUAUAGCAAGUUUCUCUGAUAAAGGCCUCAUUUCUCAAAUAUAUUAAAAAAAAAAAACAAGUUAAAUUUAUAAGAAUACAAGUCAUUGCACAAUUGAUAAAUGGCAAAAGUAUUCUCCAGUUGAUAAGACAGUUUUCAGAUGAAAAAAAUCAAAUCUAUCUGUAAUCAUAUGGAAAAGGUGCUUUAAAUCAUUAUUUGUUAGAAAAAUGUAAAUUACAAUAUUUCUGAGGUACCAUCUCACACAUAUCAGAUUGUCUAAUAUGACAGGGAAAAUGACAAAUGAUGGAGAUGAGGAUAUGGGAAAACUGGAACACUAAUUCACUGUUGGUAGAGUUGUGAACUGGUCCAACCACUCUGGAGAACAAUUUGGAGCUAUGCCCAAAAGACUAUAGAACUAUUUAUACCCCUUGUCCCAGCAAUACCACUAUUAGAUCUGUAUCCCAAAAGGAUUUUUAAAAAGGAAAAGGAAACGUGUACAUUUAUAGCAGCCUUUUUUGUUGUGGCUAAAAAGUGGAAAUUGAUGGGUUGCCCAUUAAUUGAAUAAUGGCUGAACAAGAUGUGGUAUAUGAUUGUGAUGGAAUACUAUUGUGCUAUAAGAAUGAUGAGUAGGAUGCUUUCAGAAAAAUCUGGAAAGACUUACAUGAUCUAAUACAAAGUGAAGAGAAUAGAACCAACAAAACAUUGCACAGAGUAACAGCAAUAUUGUAUGAUGAUCAAUUGUGAAUGACUUAGCAAUUCUCAGCAAUAUCAAGAUCCAAGGAAAUUCUGAAGGAUUUAUGAUGAAAAAAUGCUUAUGUACCUCCAGAGAAAGAAUUGAUGGAGUUUGAAUGCAGACUGAGGCAUACUAUUUUUUUAAUUUUCUUUAUUUUUUUCAUGUUUUUAAUCUGUGUUUUAUUUGACAACAUGAUUAAUAUGGAAACAUAUUUUGCAUGAUUGCACAUGUAUAACCUAUAUCAAAAUUGCUUGCCAUCUCAGGGAAAGGGAAGAACAGGAAGGAAGAGAGAGAAUUUAGAACUCAAAAAUUUUAAAAAACGAAUGUUAACUGUUUUUAUAUGUAAUUGGAAAAAAAUUUUAAAGGAAUAAAAUAUAUCUUGUCUCCCA